CGGGGGCAGCAGCGCGGCGGCCGUAGGUCUAUGUCGCGGGCGGCGGCCGCGGGGGGACGAUGCGCGAGUACAAAGUGGUGGUGCUGGGCUCGGGCGGGGUAGGCAAAUCCGCCCUGACGGUGCAGUUCGUGACCGGCACCUUCAUCGAGAAAUACGACCCCACCAUCGAAGACUUCUACCGCAAGGAGAUCGAGGUGGACUCGUCGCCGUCGGUGCUGGAGAUCCUGGACACGGCGGGCACCGAGCAGUUCGCGUCCAUGCGAGACCUGUACAUCAAGAACGGCCAGGGCUUCAUCCUGGUCUACAGCCUCGUCAACCAGCAGAGCUUCCAGGACAUCAAGCCCAUGCGGGACCAGAUCAUCCGAGUGAAGCGGUAUGAGAAAGUACCCGUCAUCUUGGUUGGGAACAAAGUAGACCUGGAAAGUGAGAGAGAAGUAUCAUCCAAUGAAGGCAGAGCCCUGGCCGAAGAAUGGGGCUGCCCCUUUAUGGAGACUUCCGCUAAGAGUAAAACAAUGGUGGAUGAACUGUUUGCAGAAAUCGUGAGACAGAUGAACUACGCUGCUCAGCCCGACAAAGACGAUCCGUGCUGUUCUGCUUGUAACAUACAGUAGCACCCGAGGCCGGCUGUGUCCCAGCGAUAGCAAGCUCAUCUACUCCACUGCAGUCUGCAGGAUGGGUGUUGUGAAUCCACAGCGCACAGCCGCCGGAUUCACAAGUGAGCAGUGGUUUUCAGUUGAAACCUCUGCGUAACAUUUGGGUCCAGAAACCAGUUGUCACCAUUGUCUUCAGUCUCCUUCUGCGUCUGCAACUUGAAGGCAUGGCCUGGUCCAUCUACCGGGUGACCUCAUUGGAAAGCCAUGGUGGGAUUGUCGCUGAGUUGACAGAAGCAGCUAAUGGAUCGAUUAGAAGCAAUCUUGAGGGAGAAACCAGAAGAAUCCCUAUGAUCACAUACAAUUAAAAUAUUUUGUCUUCUUUAAAAAAGAAUAAAGAUAAGUAAAGGAGAAAUAUUUUCCUAUGAGAGUACUGGUUUUCAGGACUUGGUAUAGAGCUUCUAACCAAUGUAUUGCAUCUAGUAAGAGAGCAACAGCUGACCUGCCUGCCGCCUUGCAGGGGGCGCAUCUGCUCUGCUGAUGAGGGUCUGGUUUCGAUGUUCCAAAUCAAUGCUUAGUUGUAAAUGCUAUCCUGAUCCGUGACUCAGAACUAAUCCACACACCAAGCCUCAAUCAAACAACAGUGCAGGUUGCAUAAAAAUACAACCUCUUAAGUCACCUGCUUUGCCACAGAAAAUGGAGGCUUUUUACAAGGGUUGGAUCAGAAUUAAAACUCAAACCACCCUCUGUUAAUCCAAGCAGGGAUGGUGAUUCUUCCUUUAUUCAGCAAGAGGAAGCAACUGUAACAGAAGAUUGCCUAGCCUUACUAAUCCGAAGCAUCUAGUCGAUAACUAGCACCAUCAUGUAAGGGGAAUGAAGCCAUGUUGCAUCCACAUGUUCCCGUGUGCAGACACCUCAUAGGACAGCACAGACACCUGGCAUUUUGACAUUCAUUGAAGCAGCAAAUUCCUCCUUGCCUUUAAGGGCUGUGGUUGUAGCGUGACCCUGGGCUAACAGGCUGUGAAAAUCCAAUUUGCUGUAGCAGAGCUUUCUAACAGGCAUUAAAACAAAAUGGAAUAGCCAAGUGAACUAAUUUGGGCUUAAAAGUAGAAUUAAAAUUACAGAGUGAAAAGUAAGGGACAAAAAGCCUUUAUCCUGAAUUUUCUUGGAGAUUUACAUAAAAGUUUUCUUAUGCCAGUUUUGCUCUGAUUACUGAAGUGGCAAAACUGGAGUGAAUAUUUUGUUUUGAAAAGGUGCUCAAGCUCUGAUACUUUCGGUUUUCAUAGCCUCCAAGUAUUUAUCAUUUGCAUGACUAAUGGCACAGGAACAACCUGUUGGUAAGUUUUACAAUCAAGCAUAGAAGGGUUUGCAGCAAACUUGAGAACCAUAAGCACUGACACAAUUACCUUGAGCUGGGCCGCUGGAGGUGAACUUGACCUCCAGAGCUGAAUGUCACUGAGCUGCCAUCUGCAGACCACCCCAAACUUUCUUGGUUCCCAGUCUUGUGCAAGUAACCUCUUACCUUACAUGUGCAACUGAGAGAAGAGUGUGUGUUCGUGUGUGCAUGUGUUUAUUGUUCCUAAGAAUUUGGCACAAGUUGGAAAUGAUUGCCUAUACUGAGAAUCUGUACUCCAGAAUGUAGUGCAUCAAAAACAUUUUUUCCUUUUAAAUUAUUUGGGUGUCUUUUAUACAUGAUUGAAAUCAUUAAUAUCCCCCCAAAGUGUUAAUAGCUGGCAUUAAGGUUAGAGGAUAGUAUUUUUCAUAGUUGAGAAAUCUGAAGUAUUGAAAGCCAGACCAUGCUGAUUGAGGAUGUUUGCAUUGUGAAUAUUUACAUGCUAUCGUAUAAUUUUUCAUAAUUCUCAUUCAUGAAGCUCCUUGUUUAGAGGACAGAAUGUUUUUACCAGCUUUAUUAAAAAUAAAUUUGACUAUAUGAAAAUUGACUCAAAAAGGUAGGAAAGUCAGAUUCAAGAAAUACAGUUUAUUGAAAUAGAAAUAUCUUUUAGUGAUUAGAUAGGGCUUUGAAGCUUCUGACUUCCCAAAAUGAUUUUGAGUUUUUGGUUGUUUGUUUUUUUUUUUUUUAUAUAAUUCUGUAGUAGCAACAUAUGACAACUAAGAUCGCAUAAUAAAGCAGAUACGAAAAAUCUGCAGUUUUACUUUUACAUUUUAAUUUCUAUGCAGAUGUGAAAAAUAGCUUAAAUAAUGUGAAGGAUAUGGCAAAGUGUAAGCUGGAAAAGAUGAUCUCAGACGUCGGUGUUUAGUUAGCAGGUUUAUCAAACCAAGGUGGCUUUUACUGUCCAGAUGUCAAUAGUAACUGAUCCGGCUGCCUGAUCAGUGUUUCCACAUAGCCCCACACAUUGAGUGACAAGACGACAAAGAUUCCCAAACACUGGACAUGCUCCUGUGCCCUUAUUAUUGAUACUCAUUGGGGACGAACAUAACUCAGUUUGAAUGAAUGUGUUUGUUGAGGUGGUAAUAAAAAGCUUAACAAUAGGAAGAUUGCAUUUUU